UGUGAAUUAUCGAUAGAUAAAACUGAAAAUGAAUCUGCGCCCCUUGGACUUCAUUCAUUCUUGCUUUCCCUCCAAAAUCUGCUCCCUUUUUCUAAUUCCCAUUUUCAAAACCUACACACUGAAAAACUCGCUCUCGCUCUCUCUCUCUCUCUCUCUCUCUGGAGCUAUUACAAUUCUCAAGGUUGAUUUGAUCGAUUGAGCUACAAAAUGGAGGAUUACUUGCUGUGCAUGAAGACCUUGCGCUCUCAGAUGAACGAUGUGGAGGAUCAAACUGCAAAGAUCACUGUCGAAGAGCAAAUGCAGUUAACCACCAUUCAAACCUUGGAAAUCGAUCUCAAUUCUGCAAAAUCUGAAACAAAGCAACUCAAAGAAGAUACUGAGCAGAUGAUGAAGGCGAAGGGUCAGAUUUGCUCACAGAUUUUGGAAAGACAGAGAAAGAUUGUAUCCUUGGAGUCUGAUUCGUCCACUCUUGCACAGACAUUGGAGCUUAUUCAACAAGAAAAGGCCAGUUUAUCUUCCAAACUUUUAGAGAUGAGGACUUACUUUACCAAGGUUGGAGAGGAAAUCAAUGCCAAAUUACAGGAACAGCAGGAUUGGGUCAAUUCUCACAAAAUUAGCGGAAAACUAGGAGAGCAUGUUUUGGUCAAGGAUAGAAUCAGUGAGCAAACAGGUGAAACAGAGGGGAAGUCUAGCAUUGAUGGGGACCUCAUUAUGGACAAUCUGGGGAGUGAAGCAAAGAACAACCUGAUAGCAAAAUUAGACGCUGCUAAAGCCAAGCUGGAUGAAAUUUCACGAAUGAAAUCCAAACUUGUUAUGGAGAACAGCAAGAUGAAGCAGCUUCUUGAGCAAGUGAAGUUCAAGGCAAAUGAUUUUGAGCCAGAGCUAAGAACAAUGGAUAUAAAGACUUUGGAAGAGGAACACAAUGCCCUUUUAUUGGACAAAGCUGGAGUAAUUGAGUACUUGCAAACUCUGCCAAGCCAAAUUGAAACACUGAAGGGAAUUUCUCAUGUCAUUACAUGUGCAUGUGGAAAGGAAUACAAGGUGGGUGUAGACUGUUGUGUAUGACAAAAGUGCUUGAACAUUGGAGAACUGUAAAGGCUAAGAAAAGAAAUCAGUAGACAACUAGAAUACGUGACUUGCUGUAUAGGUAAUUCUGUAAACAGAAAAGAAUUUGAUUCUCUACCAAUAUUGCAACUUGACUGUGAUAAACCUGUUAU